GAGAGAGGGAGAGAGACAGAGAGAAAGGGAGAGUUUCAGUUUAGUUUGCCUAGACGUCUGGAGCAGUCAGAGCUGGUGAGGAGGACGGUGAUGGUGAUGAAGAAGCAGCUGCUGUUGACAGACCAUGGUCUCUGCUGGAUGUUGUGUUGCCGUCACUAAUUUGGGAUAUCAUGAGAUUAUUGGGAUUACUGAUUUUCCUGGAGGGAUUUAUGGUGACGACCGUGUGUGUCCUUAAAGCAUAAAGGUGUUAACAUGAAGAGUGUGAAAAAUGUUGUAGAUGAGAUCAUGCAGCAGGAGAUCAGGCCCCUGCUCGCUGUCGACAUCAUAGAGCAGCUUCAUCGCCAGUUUGCCUUGCUGUCAGGCGGGCGAGGGAUAGACGGCGCCCCCAUCAUCACCUUUCCAGAGUACUCAGGCUUCAGUGAAGUGCCAGAGGACGACUUCCUCAAUGUAGUUACAUACCUGACCAGCAUCCCCAGCUUGGAUGCUGCCAGUAUCGGCUUCAUCAUCAUCAUCGACCGACGGAAGGACAAAUGGAGCGCAGUGAAGGCUUCUCUAUCCAGGAUUGCAGGGGCGUUUCCAGGGAACCUGCAGCUGGUCUUGGUGCUAAGGCCAUCCAGGUUCUUCCAGAGAGCCAUCGCAGACAUCGGGAUCAAACUGCACAGAGAUGACUUUAAAAUGAAGGUACCGAUUGUGAUGCUGAACUCUCUGUCGGACCUGCAUGGCUACGUAGAUAAAGGACAGCUGACCCGAGAGCUAGGAGGAAGCCUGGAAUAUUGUCACAGUCAAUGGAUACACCACCGAACUGCCAUAGAGAACUUUGCUAUGACGGUGAAAACCACAGCCCAGAUGUUGCAGAAGUUUGGGACAGACCUGGCAGAGACGGAGCUGCCCAAUGACGUCCAGUGCACCAAAGACCUGCUCGCUGCACAUACAGACAAACACACCAACCUCAAGGAUGAACUGAAGCUAGCUCUGAAGCAGGGCACCACCUUAUUAGGCUGCAUCAAGGAGCAGGCAGCCAAAUCAGAGAGCCACAAACUCAACCCAGAUGAGAUGGAGAACCAAACCACUGUGGAAAGGCUCCUGGCCCAGCUGGAUGAGACGGAGAACGCCUUUGAACAGUUCUGGUGUAAACACCAUCUGAAACUGGAACAGUGCCUGCAGCUACGUCACUUUGAACAGGACUUCAGAGAGGUGAAAGUGUCUCUAGACAGUCUGAUGGAAAGUCUAACCGACCUAUCAGACAUUGGAGACUGUGUGGCCAGAGUUGAACAGCUUCUGCAGGAACUGAAAGUUUUGGAGGAGAAAGCUCAGCCAACAGUAGAAAAGGCUCAACUCCAUGCACUGCACGGUGACCAGCUGAUCCAGAGCAACCACUACGCCGUGGACUCCAUCCGACCCAAAUGCGUGGAGCUCAGACGGGUCUGUGACGACUUCAGCAACGAGGCCAAGAAGAAGACGGAUGUCCUGUCCAAAUCCCUGCAGAUACACAUGGGUAUUGAUAAGGUGAACCAGUGGUGUGAGUCUGGCAUCUACCUGCUGGCCUCCCAGGCUGUGGAUAAAUGUCAGUCUCAGGAGGGAGCAGAGUCAGCACUGACCGACAUCGAAUCUUUUCUGGACUCGGCAGAAAAGAACCAGCUGACUGAACUGAGGAACCUCCACAAUCAGUAUGAGGUCGUCCUGUCUGAGGAUAUUAAGGCCAGUGUCCUGAAGGCACUGAAGAGACUGGAGGAUGUCCAGGAGAUGUUUGAGAAGCGGCAUGUCAGUCUGAAGAGGUUGUCAGCCAAACAGACGAGGCCUGUCCAGUCCGUCGCCCCAAGGCCAGAGUCCUCUCCCAAACGGCCUUCACUGAAGAAUCCCUCCAGGACCACUGGAAGCCAGCAGCCUCUUGCCCGCAGAGCGUCUGAUAACUCUAACAGCAAGCAGCCGGCUGAGGCCGAUCCCAACAAGAAGAAGAACAUACGCAAGGCCAAAGGUGGCAUCAAGAUUGAGGUGAUGCAUGAAGAAAGCCAAGGAGGUUCCACCCAUGUCGUAGUGUCCAAUGAGACAGAGGAGAGUCUGUCCAGCAGACGCAGACACAUAAUGACUGAGCUGAUUGAAACCGAGAGGCUAUAUGUGGAGGAGCUGCAAAGCAUUAUGGAGGGUUAUUUUGCAGAGCUGGAUAACUCGGAGCUCAGCCACCUCAUCCCCCCGUCCCUAGAGAACAAGAGAGAUGUGCUGUUUGGUAACCUGCCACAGAUAUAUGAAUUUCACAACAGGACAUUUCUGAGGGAGCUGGAGAACUGUGCAGAGAAACCAGAGCUGGUUGGAACCUGUUUCCUGAAAAGAAAAGAGGAGCUGCAGGUGUAUGAGAAGUACUGUCAGAAUAAACCCCGCUCUGAAGUCCUCUGGAGGCAGUGUGGAGACAGUCUGUUCUUCCAGGAAUGCCAGAAGAAGCUAGACCACAAACUGUCUCUGGAUGCUUACCUACUGAAGCCUGUCCAGAGGAUCACCAAAUACCAACUCAUGCUCAAGGAGAUGUUGAAGUGCAAUAAGGGUGAGGGGACGGCAGAGCUGGAGGAAGCUUUAGCCACUAUGCUGGACAUCAUCAAGUCUGUCAACGACUCCAUGCACCAGAUAGCCAUCACUGGGUUUGAGGGAAACCUGAGUGAGCUAGGGAAGCUGCUGAUGCAGGGAUCCUUCAAUGUGUGGACUGACCACAAGAAAGGCCACAGCAAGGUGAAAGACCUGGCCAGGUUUAAGCCCAUGCAGAGGCAUCUGUUCCUGUACGAUAAGAUGCUGCUGUUCUGUAAGAAACGAGACGAGACCACAGACGGACACGAGAAGACCCCGUCCUACAGCUUCAAACACUCCCUCAAGAUGAGCGCUGUGGGGAUCACAGAGAACGUCAAAGGCGACAGCAAGAAGUUUGAGGUGUGGUACAACGGCAGAGAGGAGGUCUACAUCAUCCAGGCUCCUUCCAUGGAUGUGAAAAAUAUGUGGGUGUCAGAGAUUCGUAAAGUUCUUACAGGCCAACUAGAGGCAUGCAGAGCAAGCCAACUCCACCAGAAGAUCUCAGACCACAUCUACGGAGCCCCGAUGAGGAACAUGCGGAAGAUGGCGCUGAGGCAGUCCGAUUCAUCCAGUCCAGAGUCAGGCUUCAGACGGGCCAACCCCAGCCCCAACAUGAGGCAGAAGAGAGGCUGGACCCAGAGGCGUCUCCCUUCCAUCGACACAGAGGACUUUGAGACGAUUCACUCCAGCGCCGAAGAAUCCUCCAACUCCUCAGAGGAGGAAGGCAGCAAUAAAAACGGAGACAGCAGUCGUUUCCGGGUGCAGCUGACCUACGAGUCCCGUGAAGCUCAAGACCUUUCUCUGGAGACGGGCGACUUGGUCCAGUUUGUAGAGGAGGCAGAGAACGGUCACUGGCUAGUGAAGAACCUUUUAACAGAAGAGACAGGGCUGGUCCCGUCCAGUAUACUGCAAACAGCAUCUGAAGGAGGUCACUCUUUAAGUAACAACUCUGCUACUCCUCACUAA